UAAACCCUGAUAAAGGUAAAAUCUUUAUCUUGCAAAAGUUAAUUAACUAAAUUUGUCUUUGUAUGGAUGCUUAUUAGUAAAAAUAGUAUAUUAGCAGCGUGCGUUCUCACGAAAUCCCCACCUCUUUCUUUCCCAAUUCGACUUGCUCUAGGGUUCUCAUGACACAGUUCCUUCCACCUGAAAUCAUUGCGCAAAUAAUCAUCAAAUUAGAUGUGAGAGAUUUAAUCCGUUACAAGAGCGUUUCAAAGUCAUGGUUAUCUUUGAUCACUAGCCCUGAUUUUGUUAAAGGCCAUCUUGAAUGUAGUCGUCGCCAUGAUCACGACAAUAUUGGAAAUAGGAGAAUCGUUAUGUCUUCUUUUCCUGGCUCUGAGUUGUCGCAUAUAUCCGAGACUAGUGGCAUCUAUUUUGACCGUAACAUUAAUCAUCUACUUGGAUCUUCCAAUGGUUUGGUAUGCAUUUUUCUUACUCAUAAUAAUUUUUUAGUUGUUAAUGCUGAAACUCGAGAGGUAAAGAAACUUAAAAAACCCCAAUUUCCUUUUCUUGGAGCUUGUAUGUAUGGUUUUGGUUACGAUUCAUCCAAAGAUGAUUACAAGGUGGUAGUAGGGAUUCAGAAAGAUAAAGGUCGUAUGUGUUUUUAUAUGUUAACUUUAAAAUCUAAUACCUGGGAAGUUAUUGGAGAUGUGGAUUAUACUUGUAUUAGUAGGGUUGGUGUCCUUUACAAUGGAGCACUUCAUUGGGUUGCAUAUCAUGGUGCACCUCAGAAUAAGCAGCAAGUAAUUCUUUCUCUGGACUUAUCUGAGAAUGAGUUUAAGGAGAUUUCGCAACCUGAUGAUGAGAGAUAUAAACUUGAGGUUGGUAGCCACUGGAGAAUGCGUUUGGGGAUAUUUGAUGACUGUCUGUGUGCAUUUUACCAUGGUAUGUUACCCUGCAGUAUAUGGGUGAUGAGCGAGUACAAUGUUAAACAGUCUUGGCAGCGAUUGUCAGAACCGAAUAUUCAUACUGAAAUUGUACACCAAUUGAAACAAUUAAAGCGCUACAUUCCUAAUAGUCGGUCUUUAUGUCAUAAAAUUUGGUUGUCUCAAGGUACAAGGUAUGUAGGGACCCCUCUGUAUGUGCCAAGUCUUGUAUCUCCCCAUGGUUGCAGGAAGCUGAAGAGAAAGAGAGAGGCAACAAGAAGCAUAAAGAGUGGAAAGGUACCAAAUUGUCCUAUAUCAUGUUCACAUACAACGGAUUCAAGUGACGUGGUAAAUUAUGAAAGGUAAGCAAGGAUACUAUCUCGGGAUAGGGGAAAUAACUGGUGGAGCUGAUGCUGUAUACAAGCUUUCAAGCAGAGCCAUAACCUUUCAAAUAUCUGAGAUUUUCGUUUAAAACUAUGCUUGAACCUUUUAACUUAAACCUAUGUCAAAGUUUGUCAUACUGUCUUAGCUAUGGUGUGUUUGAUGGUUUGAAAAAUGCUUUAAAGAUUUGUCCUUUCCGUGGAGUUAUGUAUCGCGUGUGAUGAAACCUGAAGUACCUUAAAGAUUUGUACUUAUUUGGACCUUCUGUCUUGUGUUCUGUACAUGUGUGCGCUUUGAUCAACUCUUGAUCACUUUUGUUA